AAAGAUUGAGAUAAAGCCAGAAGGGGAGAGAGAGAACCGAAACCUGAAACGAUUGCAGGAGGAUCUGGGGCUGAAGCUUUGACAGAACAGAAGGAAGUGCAAGUAAUUGACUGGAGCGAAGGCCAGAGGAAUUGAGAGGAGACAAAAAUAAAAGAGAAUACUGCUGUGAGGAUUGAGACGAGAAGGAGAACAGGACUUUUGGGGACAGGAGAGAAAGAGAAGGAGUGAAGAUGGGGAGGAAAAAGAUCCAGAUAGCACGGAUUAUGGAUGAACGCAACAGACAGGUGACGUUCACCAAGAGGAAGUUUGGCCUGAUGAAGAAGGCGUACGAGCUGAGCGUGCUGUGUGACUGUGAGAUCGCCCUCAUCAUCUUCAACAGCACCAACAAGCUGUUCCAGUACGCCAGCACCGACAUGGACAAGGUGCUGCUCAAGUACACCGAGUACAACGAGCCUCACGAGAGCAGGACCAACUCUGACAUCGUGGAGACUCUACGAAAGAAGGGUCUAAAUGGCUUUGACAGUCCCGACAUCGAGGCAGACGACUCUGCUGGUCAGAGCCCCGAGUCAGAGGAUAAAUACCGCAAGAUCAACGACGAUAUCGACCUCAUGAUCAGCAGACAGAGACUCUGUCAGGCUCUCCCCCCCUCUAACUACGACAUGGUUGGCUCCAUCCAGGGCCAAAAUAACAGCGGACUACUCUACUCUCAACCUGGGGUGGGGGGUUCCUUAGGAAACCACAAUCUGCCGCCCCUCUCACACACACACCCCGGGCUGCAGAGGAACAGCAUGUCGCCUGGACCCCAACACACACACCGACCUCCCAGCGCUGGAAACGCAGGAGGGAUGAUGGUCUCGGAGCUGUCUAACGGCGUCUCUAACACUGGUAAUGGUAGCUAUGGUAACCACCGUCACUCUCCGGGGCUGCUGUCUCCGGGAUGUGUGGCCAAAGGCAUGCAGGCCAAGACUCCGCCCCUGAUGACCUCCAUGACCCUGAGUGGUAACCGCAAGCCAGACCUCCGCACGCUGCUGCCCCCUGGCAACAAAAACAACAUGCCCUCAGUUAACCAGAGAAUAAAUCACUCCCAGUCUGCCCAGUCUUUGGCUACUCCUGUGGUCUCCAUAGCAACACCUACUCUGCCCGGGCAGGGUAUGGGAGGGUACCCCUCUGCCCUCUCCACCUCCUAUGGCACAGAGUACUCUCUGGGUGACCUGAGCUCUCUGUCAGGCUUCGGAGGGAACGGCUCUGGAUCAGUUCACCUGGGAUCAGUAACAGGCUGGCAGCAACAACAGCUACAGAACAUGCAGCACUCAGCACUAGGACACAUGGGAAACCUUUGUCAGAACUCCAACCUCAACCUCCAGAAUGUCCAUCAGAACCUUCACAUCAAGUCAGAGCCCGCCUCCCCGCCCAGAGAUCGAGGCAUCGGAUUUGUCAGCGGAGGGAUGGGGGCCGUGCCCCAGGGCUACCUAACAAAUCAAGGCCCAGCCGAGGCAGGGCGGUCUCCUGGCGACAGCCUAUCCAGCUGUGGGAGCUCAUACGACGGCAGCGACCGCGAGGAUCACCGCGGAAACGACAACUUCCUGCUGCGCCCGAUGUCCAAUCAGGAUGAACGCCACAGCCCGUCCGUCAAACGCAUGCGCCUAUCAGAAGGCUGGGCUACAUGAUAAGGCCCGCCCCUGAUGAUUCACCGAGGUGGGGGGGCUUGUGUAGAGUUACCUUUAGUGUUUCCCUGACUAUUAUUAAUCCUGUGUCCAAAACAGCACCCUGUUCCCUACAUAGUGCUCUUGCCAAAAAGUAGUGCACUUUAUAGAGAAUAGGGUGUGAUUUCAGAUUUGGCCUAUAUUCUUCUUGUGCAGAGUGAGAGUGUUACACUAUAACAGGGACAUUAUAUACAGGAGUGUGUGUGUGUGUGUGUGUGUGGGGGGGGUUAUAAUAGAGACAUAAACUGUGUCUCAAAUGGUGCUCUAUUGCCCAUGUAGUGCGCUACCUUUGGCCAAAAGUAGUGCCACCGCAUGGGACAUAGGGACUUACUUGAGACGGCAGUGACAUGCAAGGAGUGAGGGUUGAUAUGGAGUGGGGGGAGUCUGUGUGGGAGGGUGGGGGGGUUGCAAUUUCUUGCGUUGUGUGUUUGUGAGGGAGGGAAUAAGUCAAUGAAUAUGUACACUAUGUAAACUAACUAAGAAAAGGUUGAAGAUGUCUGGUACUCUGUAUGGCCAAGCUACUGGUGAGUUCAGUAAUAUACUAGGAGACACAAGGACAGGCACUGAGGAGUGGACACGUCACGGUGGAUUUGUGUGCGUGUGGAUGAGUGUCUACGUGUGUGAGUGUGUGCACACUGGUGUGUGUGUGUGUGUGUGUGUGCCAUGUACUACCUAGGCCCAGUCUGCAGCUGGCUGACUAGCAGACAGACAGUGUUCACUACAACUCGUGCAUGUUGCAGGUUCAACGUAUUCAUGUAUAUAACGAGGGAGGAGAGGCAGAGAAAGAGAGAGAACGGGACAGAGUGACAAAGGCAGGAAGAAAGAGAGAGAUGGAGUGAGGGGGGGGGGGGACAGAUGGAAGUGAAAGAGAGACAGAAAAGAAGAGAGCGACAGAGGGAGAAAGAGACAGCGAGAGGAGAGGGAUAGGGGGAGAGAGGAAGAGAGACAGGGAGGAAGCCAUUAUGCAACAGGUUGCACAGAGCUGGAACAAAAAGAAUAAGAAGUCAUUCUAAUAUUCAAAUUCUACGGCUGGAACCCGGGACAACUAGAAUAUCUCACUUGAAGUGAAGAAGCGUAGGAAUCAUAGUUCAAUUCAGUCAAAAUACUUUUUAAGAGCCAUAUGCUGGCCAAUAUAAUCUGGAUCGUAUACAGUACGGUGUUACUCAUCCAGAUAUACAAUACAGUUUGCAUUGUAUAAGAAAUGCUUCGUUUAGUCAAUUGAGAUUGAGCCAGUGUGUGUGUGUGCGCGUGUGUGUGUGUGUGUGAGAGAGAGAGAGUGUGUGAGAUAGCCUUGCCUGUUUUAGCAGCCGGCGAGGCAAAGCCACGGGGAGGAAGGGGUGUGUGUGUGUGUGUGCGUGGGCGUGUGCGUGUGUGUGUGAGAGAGAGAGAGUGUGUGAGAUAGCCUUGCCUGUUUUAGCAGCCGGCGAGGCAAAGCCACGGGGAGGAAGGGGUGUGUGUGUGCGUGGGCGUGUGCGUGUGUGUGUGUGAGAGAGAGAGAGUGUGUGAGAUAGCCUUGCCUGUUUUAGCAGCCGGCGAGGCAAAGCCACGGGGAGGAAGGGGUGUGAGUUUAGACAGACAGAACUCCUAAAGCCAUAUUAUAAGAUGCUUUGCUGCACAUACCAGUGGUUUCCUCUUUAUAGUCUCCUGUUUUUUUAAAAGUAUAUUCCUUACCUAAUUCUAUAAAAUAAUUGUACGAAUAUUUUUUAAAACGUCUGUGACAUUACGGAUGCCUAUAGUUCUAUUUAAAAAAUAAUGACAACAUUGUUCAAAUCUAGAUCAAACCUUGUUUUUCUUCACAGCGGGGGUUAUUAUGUAGCUGUGUGUAGGUGGACAUAUUUUCUAUCCAUCUCGAACAUUCAGGGAAAUGUUUAGUUAAACCUUCUCAACCUGCCAACGAUGUUAUGUUAGCCUGAUAACACAUUCUUUAGGAAGGGUUGCUUCGACACCCAGAUCAAUCCCUUGGACUAAAAACGCUAAAUGGAGAAUCUCCAUUAAAGGUGUGUGUUAAUCCAGGCCUCAAUCGGCGUCUGGAAGAUCUAAUCUAAGGCUGCAGAGUCCGUGUAUCGACAGAGAAAUGGCUGAACUGCUGCCUCUCCUCCUGUCAGAUAUUAUCACAAAAAACACAUAGGAAAGCCACCUAGAAGCAUAACUUCACCUAGAAGCAUAACUUCACCUAGAAGCAUAACUUCUGACUUUGAAAGUCACAUUUGUUCCAUUUUGCCAGGUUGCAAUACAAUACGAUACUGACUGAUGUCAGUAGACUACAAGAGGGCGGAGCCCCACAAUGGGUUAUAGACUAACCGACAGCCUGAUGCUAUCCCCUUCACCUAACUCAUCAGAGCUACUGUUUUCCUUUUCUUUGUCUUCGAUAUUAGAAUGAUUUGCCUGUACUGCUCAAAUCUGUCAUUGUACCUCAAAUGUACCCCACACAUUUUCAUAGCAUGUUGGUUUCGAGUGGGAUUCUGAGAAUGUUGUGUAAAUUCUAUUAAAUGAACAAUAGGUCUACUCCAUGCAAAACCCACUUUUUAACCAUAGAAUGUUAAUGCUUUGUGAAAGAAUUAGGACUUUACAUCUCAAUAAUGUCCUUCUGUAUCUAUGUUAGGGUCCUCGGAUGAUCUGGCUAUAAUGCUCUAUGUUGGAUUCUGUUCUUUUAAAUUGACUUUAUACAACUGCAUGGCCUUGGGUAGUGCACUCAGGGAGUGUGUGUCGUUAAGGCCUCCUAAUCCAGACAUGGACGUCUUUCUGAGGGGAAGGUUUGGGCGCGACAAGGCUCCAAGCGGCAGAAGCAGGCCUUUGUCGCCACUUGAAGACAACAUGUUUCUCACUAAAGGAAGGGAGCAAAUGUCUGUACUUCUUAGCCGACAGAAGUAAACAUGUAUUUUCCCGCACGGGCGAUGAAUUAAAUGGUAUUUUGCAGUCAAACUCAGUAAAUAUACAGGCUCUUUACUUUUAAA